AUGGACAGAGUGUCUGCUUCGUUUCACAAAAAUGUACUUUUGCUCACAAAGUCUGUGCCACCUAAUACCGAUUUCAAGAAACACUUCAAAGAGAAUAUGUUUGACAAGCCUAACACCUCUGGUUUCAUGCACGUUUCUUACUACCUGUUGAGUAUUUACUACAAGGACAGUUUGAAGAACAAAGUGACGUGGCCAGUAAUUUGCAAACAGACAGAGAGUCAAUAUCGAAAUGACGUAAAAAAGUGCCUCACAACCAUUGCAAGUGAACAUAUUGAUGUCAAUUUUCCCCCAAUACUUGCAUCUCACUUGUUGUUGGCUGGAGGCACAAAGUUCAUUUUAAUCAUGUGGAAAUUGUCUAUUGUGAUUUUACGUGCUUAUUUAAGACAAGAACAUGAGAGUAUUCUUUCAAAUGCACCAAAGCAAGGUCCAUGUCAAGAGUUAACAAUGAGAUUCUUGAUAAAUGUUACAACAAAGCAUAAAAAUUUUAUUUCAAGAAUACGCAAUGAUAGAGAAAAUGCAGAAAUUGAAGCUAAGAAAUUUUUAAGUGAAAAAACCCAAGAGCAGAAUGAUUUGAAAAAAGAAAUUUUACAGUUAAUGGAAGAUUUGAAAAAUAUUGUUGAAGCUGCACCAGCCAAUAAAACUGCAAAACAAAAACUGUUGAAUAUUGAUAACAAAGAAAUAGUCAAUUUAUGGGUUAAGUCGUUGGUCAGCUCUUCACAAACUAUAGAAAAAUAUUGUGAGUCUCUAGAGGAACUGGAUGAAUUAUUGAAAUAUAUAAACAAUGUAGUUUCAAAUAUCACGGGUAAUUCGCAAACCUUAAAUGGACACGCAUUUGAUAAAAUAUAUACUGAUGUACUUUACAAAUUGGUACCACCAGAUGUACAGAUUCUUUUAUACAACUUGUACCAAGAAGAUUCAUUGAACAUAAAUAAUUUUUUUUCAAUUUUCACUGUAUUGGUUAAACAAUGUGCAAAGGCAAAUCUUAAAAAAAAAUGUAUCCAAGAGUUGUCUAGUUGCACUGAGCAGCUAAAAAUUAGUAAUGGGCAAUUACAAAGCGCAAUGAAUGAUUUUCAAAAUCUACACAAAGAAAUGGAAACGUUUCGUACAAAUAAACUCACACAAAAUCGUAAAUUAAAGGAUACCCAAGAAGUUUUAACAGAUGCUCCAGAAUACGCUAAAGUACUUUUUAUGCCUUCACCAUGUAUUCAAAUUACCAAUAAUUAUGAAGCAGGCUUAACCGUUUCUCAAAAUGAUUUAAAACUAACACCAUCAGAAAAUGCUCACAGGGAAUUAUUUGGAAAAUAUGCAGAAAGCAAUAAAAAAGGAAUUUUUUUGACAAAGAAAAAAUUACCUUGCCUACGAAUAGAUUUUGAAGAUGAAACAUUCAAUGACACAAGCAGUUUCAAAUCAUUAUCUUUACCGCAGCGCUUUCACACGCCUCCAAAAAAAGGAAACAAAUACUCACGAAUAUUUUCCACACUACGACAAAAUUAUAACAGAGUCAAUAACAGUAUGAUGACAUUAAUGUCUACAAACUCAAUUCUACCUGCAAUACCUAAAAAUAGUUGCACAUCUAUGAUAGACUCGUGUAACUCCAGUCAAGAAUUUUCUCGAGAACCGCUACUGUCGCAUCCACGUUUAAAUUCAACUACCGUGAUGGAAAAGUUGGAGAAAAAAGUACCACCAAAAAGUCAUAAACGGCGAUCUAUAAGCGAUUUAGUUGAGAGGUACAAAAAUCUUGUACAGAAGCGAGAUAUGCAAACAUAAGUGAUUAUUACUUUGUUGAAUUAUGUGUAUUUUAUGUACAGUUCAAAUCUUAUUUAUGUAAACUUUUUUUACUUUUUUUGUACCAA